UACUCACCAGUCAGUUUCGAUUAUCGGUUAAAAUCGUUCAACAACCCGCGCGUCGGAGUGUUGUUUUCUGAGAAAAUUUCCGGUCUUGGAGAUUCCGCAAUUUCAGUUAGUUUAUCGCAUAUUUUCAAACUAGUUAUCGGCCUUUCCCGUUCACAAAAAAAAUAAAAGUGCUGUGUACUGAAAACUUACGAAAAUCAUUGAAUUAUUUGACUGCUCAUCGCUUGACCAUAUGAAAAGUGCCCUAUCGGUAUUUUUGUUCUACUGCCACACAGCCCGUUACGGUAUCAACGAUGUAAACAACACCAACACAUUCGAAACACUGUCAACCCGAAAGUGUCAUUCGCCAUCUUGCUUCUGCUGUGCGAACGACGGGAAAUACGAUUCCAAGUAGAUUUUGUUCAUCAAUCACUGGCGCGAGAAGCUUGGGUGAAUCAAACAGACCAAGAAGAAAAUUAAUUUGUUCUGCGACAUGAAAGCGUGAAAAUUGAAGUGAAGUUUGUAAAACUCGAGGAAGGUUUUUGAGAAAAGUCCACGGUUCAAAUUUUCCCCUCGUUUACGUUAUCAUUUUGCGACACCGUCAGUCAGCAGCCGUUAUUAUUGACGUUACGUUUGAGAAAAACAUAAAUCUUGGUGAAAGCAAGUAAAAUUGUUCAGUGCACGAAAUUCGUAAGUGAUAUCAGUCGUACAAACCUCUGACCACCGCAGUUGUGGCCAACCAUGGAAGUGAUUUAAGAAAAUAGAAGUGUUUCCGCAACCAUUGAAAGGUUCGGUUGGGAAAGUGAAAUUAUCCAAUCAUAUAAAUUACCGAAGUGCUUACGGUGUGGGGGUGUGACAAAUAAAUUCGAGUGGGUAUCUAGUGCUGGAUUAACCUGUGAGAUAACAUGAGUCGCAAUCGUACCAAAGGAGGUACGGCCGGUUCCUCUAGCAAGAAGCAGCACGAAAGUGGCUUCUACGAGGACUACUCCUCGUCGUCUUCGUCAACUUCCUACGGUUUGGCUUCGAAAGAUUUGAAAAGUUCGUCCGGAAGCAGCAAAACUCAAAGCUCGUCGUCUUCUUCUCGGCACUACCACCAUAACCACCACCAUCACCAGCAAGCUCGUCCGAUGAAAACAGAUUACAUGGCGUACUACAACAAUUUGAAGUACUACCAACAGCAAUCGGAACCGAAGCGCAAGGGGGCUUGCGAUUCGAUCGAGCCACCAGAUCUGAUCAAUCAGAUUGUGGCCGAUCAGCAGAGGAAACUGCUGCAGCAGGCUGCAGCCCGGAAGAAACAGCAGCAACAGGAACAGCACGCGCUUGUUAGUAGCAGUAGCAGCAGCGGUGGGGGCGGUGGUGGAAGCAGUAACUACCACCAGGUACGCGAAGCGCCCGUCAUAAUCGACUCGGAAGAUUCAGAUAACGGUGCGGCCAGUGGUAAUGAAAGUGGCAGCGAUGGGGAAGUGCACUCGAACCGAUUACAUCAGCACCAUCACAACCACCAGCAGCAUCAGAAACAUGGUAAUGGUGGGGCCAAGCCACGUGCAGCCGAGGAUGAAGAUGAUGAGGAAGACGACGACGAGGAGAUGGAGGAGGACGAACCUCAGCAAAAACAGCAACAGGACACGCCCAAAAAGCGAAACGAAAAAAGCAGCAGCAGUGUCAUCUACAAUGGCACGAUAAUAGACAAGGAAGGGCUUGAGAUGAUCAAGAGCUCCACCAUCAACACCAAAGUUAAGCUCUGCGAGGACGAUAAAGUUAGUAUGGACGACUUUAAGCUGCUGAAAGUGCUGGGUACUGGCGCGUACGGAAAGGUGUUCCUGGUGCGGAAGCUCGGUGGCGUAGACAACAACAAAUUGUACGCUAUGAAAGUCCUCAAGAAGGCCACCAUCUGCCAGAAGAAAAAGACAGCCGAGCACACCAGAACCGAACGGCAGGUGUUGGAAUCGAUCAAGCGAUCGCCUUUCCUCGUGACGAUGCACUACGCCUUCCAAACGGAAUCGAAGCUGCACAUCAUUUUGGACUACGUGAGUGGCGGGGAGCUGUUCACCCAUCUCUACAAUAAAGAACACUUCACCGAGGAUGAGGUGCGGAUCUACAUCGCAGAGAUCAUCGUGGCGUUGGAACAGCUUCACAAACUUGGAAUCAUCUACCGCGACAUUAAACUAGAGAACAUUCUAAUCGAUUCGGAAGGCCACAUCGUACUGACGGAUUUUGGUCUCUCCCGAGAAUUGGUGUACGAAAAUGAGCGGGCACACAGUUUUUGCGGUACAAUCGAGUACAUGGCACCGGAAAUUGUGAAAUCCAACCAGAACGGUCACGACCAAACGGUCGACUGGUGGUCGGUGGGGGUUCUUACGUUCGAACUGCUCACCGGUAGUUCUCCCUUCAGUUCCGAAGAAUCCGUCACGCAGACGGAAAUCUCGAAGAAAAUCACCAACACCGAAGCGGUCAUUCCGGAUCAUCUUUCCCGGGAGGCGAAAGAUUUCAUCCGGAAGCUGCUGGUUAAGGAUCCCAGGCGACGGUUAGGCGGUGGAUCGGCGGAUGCCUCCGAGCUGAAGUCGCAUGAUUUCUUCAAGUCGAUCAACUGGCGCCAGCUGGCGGACAAGAAGAUUUCCGCUCCGUUUAGGCCGGUCAUUGAGGACGAACUGGACACCAACAACUUCAGCGACGAGUUCACCCGACAAACACCGGUCGAUUCACCCGCCUCGGCACCACCAAACUCCGAACGGUUAUUUAGAGGUUAUUCAUACGUUUCGCCUAGUUUACUAUCGAGUAAAGUCGUCGAUAGAAAUAAAUACAUGAAGAACAAAAAUGUUCGACCAAGUGAGGCUUCGAUACGAAAAUUUGUCAGCAAGAGCUCCGCCUUCUACAAGAGGUACGAACUGUCAUCGGAUCGUGCCAUCGGCGAUGGUUUGUUCUCCACCUGCCUCAAGUGUCGCCGUCUGUCAUCUUCCUCCUCCAAUAGCCACCACAGCAGUAGUAGGAACAGCACCAUUAGUAAUAGUAGUAGUAGUAAGUACUACGCCGUAAAAGUGCUGUUCAACCACCCGGAACCGGCAGAAUAUGCCCGGCGUGAGGUCGAAGCCCUGAAAGAGUGUCAAGGUCAUCCGAAUAUAGUUAAGUUUGUUGAAGUUUUGAAAGACUCCCAUCAUAUCUACAUCGUAUUGGAACUGUUGGGCGGUGGCGAGUUGUUGCACCGGAUAAAUAAGACCAGUAGUUUUACCGACAGUCAAGCCCGGCACUAUUUCCGACAGAUGGUGCAAGCGGUGGCUUACAUGCACCAGAAAGGAAUUGCCCACUGCGAUCUCAAGCCGGAGAAUGUGCUCUUCGAGGGACCCAGUUCCGAACACCUGAAACUGAUCGAUUUCAGUUUCGCCAAAAGCAUAGAGAACAACAACUGCCUGGUGUCGUCGCCAAUCGCUGGAACGUUGGGCUAUUCGGCACCGGAAGUGUUCGACGGACGAUCGUACGCGUUGGAAUCGAGCGAUCUCUGGUCCCUGGGGGUGAUCCUGUACACGAUGCUGUGCGGUCAGGCUCCGUUCACGCCGCGGCAAUUCUUCGGCCAUACGAAUUUGGCGUCGUCGGCGAAACAGAUGGAGAUCAUCAUGGACAAAAUUCGGAGGGGAUCGUUCGAUCUCGCUGCGUCGGCGUGGGAGUGUGUCAGCGAAGAGGCCAAAGACUUAGUGAAGCGUCUGUUGACGGUAGAUCCGGACAGACGGAUAACAAUGGAACAGCUACUGGUGCACGAGUGGUUGGACCUGAACCGAACAGCCGGAGUUCGGAGACAGCUUAAGACCAUAUAUCCGCAUCAGAGUCUACAGCAGUUGGAAACGAACGUGAAGAACACCUAUGACGCAUUUAAGCGAGCAGAAGAGGAAGGCUUCCGGCUGCGCGAAGUCAGCCGGACAGCUGCCAGCCAGAGACGCACCAAUGGGGCCAAAUCGAAGAAAUCAACCGAAAGCCAGUAUAGUAGUUCAAUGGAAGAGAGCACUUCCAGUGGUAUUGGACGAAGCAAAUCCAGCAAGAGUAGUUCUAUGUCGGAUAAUAACGGACACGAGGGACACCGAACGAUAAGUGUUUCGACGAACAAUUCCGAGGUGGUGCUAAUUGACGAAGCUGAUAGCGACGAGCUUGCUCUGCCAGAGAAGACGCAAGAGAGCGAAAAGACGGAAUCUAGUGAAAGCAAUAAUAAUGACCUGAAUAAAUUGGAGCAGGAGCACCAGGAAGAGCAGGAAAGUGCGGUGGAGGAAGAACUCGAGGACGAGGACGAUGAACAGGAGAUUGACGACCUGUUGGCAGAUCUCGAUGAGAUUGUUGAGGAGCACAAAGCUGAGAUGGAACAGCGGCAACAACAGCCGGAACCAGCUGAAAUCGAGGAAGAGCCAGAGAAGCAAGUGCGAAGACGGAACGAUUCGUGUGAAAGUGAUACUAGCAGCACUACCGUUCCACUUGAGCUCGCAGGCGGAGUCAAAGAGCAACCGGAACCACCUCAAAUCGUCGAGCAAGAAGAAUCCGAGGCGGAAGAAGUCGAUGACGAAGAAGAAGAAGAAGAAGACCAACCUGUCGCCGUCGUUGAAGCGGAAGAACCGGCAUCACUCGAAGCCGAUUUGGCCUCGAUCUCGAGCGAAUCGUUUGUGUUCGGAUUCCGGGCCUCGAUCGACUUCGAAGCGCGAGAAUUUGGCUACACGUCCGGCGAUGCCGAACCGAUCUUUUUCGGCUUUGACGAGGCGACCGAACUGGGCGAGAAGCCUUCUCUGAUCCUCACGUUCAGUAUCAAAACAGCGUUGGGCAGACCAGCGCGCAAGCGACGAACGGAAGUGGACCUCAAUUGCCGCCGCUCCAAGCGGAUGCGAUCUACCGUAAAUUAUGUGUAUUAAAGCUAGCAACAAAAGAAAACGUUUUUAGGCCGUUUUUUGUUAAUUAUUUUCUCUUAUAUUCCUCUAAAUGGUACUUGACUCUUUCGCGGAGACAUUUAUCGAUUGUGUACUAUAUUUCUUUUUCAUUUUACUAAUAUAAAAAAACAUUCGUUUUCCUUUGGUUUCGAUCGAUCUCCUUAGUAGAACCGAAAAAAAAGUUUGGUUAGAACAAUAUUGUAUGAAUGGACACAGAGUAAUGCGAAUCAUCAAGUGCACUUAUUAGAGAUUUGUUAACCGGAGAAUAAAGCAUAGAAGAAGAAGCUGCUGCACUGCGGCGGCAAGCUAACAAACAGACUUUCACAUGCGUAGAAACAGAGGAAGAGAGACAGCGACAUUUAAGUAGUUGAAUAAAUGCACCAAUAUGAACUACAAUUUUA